AUGCCACCGAUCAAGAAACGUCGUUCUGAUGCCAUAUCCCGUGAAGACUCUGAAUCAGAGUCCGGCGGACAGCCACCCCAACCUCUACGUCGCCGACGACGUUCAUCGUCCACCACCUCCUCUUCCUCAUCUCAUGCCCCAUCAGCCUCCUCUCCCUCCCACUCCGAUGGCCAAACUCGAGAGAACAUUCUGACCAAAAAGCUAGUCCGGCUUGCCCUUUCUACCGAAUACUCUCGCACUCCUCUUCGCCGAAGUGACAUCUCUACGAAAAUCUUCAAAGAGAACAAUGGCUUUGGUGUGAGGUUCAGGACUGUUUUUGAAGGGGCGCAACGAGUACUGAAAGACACAUUUGGCAUGCAAUUGGUUGAACUGCCUUCCAAGGAGAAAACUACCAUAAGGGAGCGUCGGACCCAGGCCACCCAGACAAAAGCCGGCAGCAAUACCUCGUCCAAGAGCUGGAUUCUACUUUCAAUAUUACCACCCGAAUUAAAAAACAACCCGCUGAUAGCUCAGCCCCCAAAAGCACCCAAUGUGGAACUGGAGGCAUCAUAUACGGCCCUCUACACAUUCAUAUUGUCCUUGAUCUACCUCAACAAUAAUUCCCUCCCCGAGCAGAAGCUCGACCGAUAUCUUAAGCGUGUUAAUGCCGACACAUACACACCGUUGGGCAGCCUCGACAAACUGCUCCAACGCAUGAUGCGUGAAGGCUACAUUGAGAAGCGACGGGACACGAGCAGUGGGGAAGAAGUCAUUGAGUGGGUGCCUGGACCACGUGGGAAAGUCGAAGUGGGGGUCCGAGGAGUCACGGGCCUGGUUCGGAGUGUGUAUGGGUAUGGAGCUGUAGCCUUGACUAAUGAUCGAGGUGGAAAUGACGGAGACGGUGAAGAAGGAAACAGCGGAGGGGGAAGAAUUGUCAAGAUUGAGGAGGAUGAAUUGAACGCGAAGCUGUCACGGAGCCUGGGUAUCAGAAUUAGCGGAGACAAGGUACAAGCUCACCAAGAUGGCGAGGCCGAGGGCUCGGAGGACGAACUUGCAGACGGGCAGCCGGGACCUUCGAGGAAACAAUCACAGGCCACGAGAGGUCGUGGAAGACGGACCGCACGAAAUGAUGAUGAUGACGGCGACGAUGAUUGA